AUGGAGAAGUAUAGGGAGAAGAAACGGGACCUACACAUGGUGUUCAUUGAUCUUGAAAAGGCCUAUGACAGUGUGCCACGUAGACUGAUUUGGGAUAGUUGGGAGAGUAGAGGGGUUUCUGGGAAGUAUAUAGACUUAAUUAAGGAUAUGUAUGUUAGGACUAAGAUUACUGUCCGAGCGCCUGUAGGGGAUACUGAUUCUUUCCCUGUGGAGGAGGCUCUUCCGUGGUGCCUGCUUUUCGCAGAUGAUAUUGUGUUAGUUGCUGAUAGUAAACAAAGCCUGAAUGUGAGUGGAGUAGACAACGAUGAGGACUUUCAGAUCACCAUUGACGGGCAAGUGGUUCCGCAGGUCAAUAAGUUCAAGUGGAGAGCUGCCACUGGGGUAUUGUGCGAUAAGAGGUUCCCAACAAAAUUGAAAGGGAAAUUUUAUAGGGUUGCAAUUAGACCUGCUAUGUUAUACGGAACCGACUGUUGGGCCAUUAAGGAAGUACAAGCACGCAAGAUGGAGGUGGCAGAGAUGAGAAUGCUAAGAUGGAUGUGUGGGCACACAAGGUUAGACCGGAUAAGAAACGAUGUUUUUAGGGAGAGGUUAGAAGUAGCUAGUAUAUCAGAUAAGAUAAAGGAGGGAAGAUUGAGGUGCUUUGGACAUGUGAAGAGGAGGCAGACGAUAGAGCCCGUUAGAGUGGUUGAAAAUCUCGAGGUGGAAGGGAGGAGGAGUAGAGGCAGACCCAAAAUUACUUGGGAUGAGCGGAUUAGGCAGGAUUUGCAAAAAUUGCACCUCUCUGAGAACAUGGUCCAUGAUAGGAGCUCGUGGAGAUAUAGGAUUAAGGUUAAGGAUUUCUAG